AUGCGACACCUCAUCAGCCUCUCCCUCCUCCUCUCCCCUCUGCUUACCACCGCCCAGACCCUCCCCCCUUACAAAUGUUUAUAUGAAGGCUCCGUCCCAGGCUGCGUUCAAUUUGGAGUCAUAGCGGCCACAGACUGCGCCCGCCUCGCUCCUACCUACCCUCGCACAACUAACGCACGAUUCUUAGCCUGCGUUUGCAGCAAUAAUAGAGCCUGGGUUCAAUUUGCAGGCACCCUUCUAUCGUGCAUCGGUAGCGAAUGUCCGGAUAUAACCAGACAAAAGCUGACUGAUGAUAUUACUGCUUUGUGUGAUGGACAGAGUGGUGGUGGUGUCGGAACUUCUAGUCGUCUUUCUGCGACAACGACGGUGACGGUGGAUGUUUCAACGAGCGAGCCUACGAGAGGGACUGCUACGGAAGAGACAUCUACAGAAGCGACCUCUACCGAUCAAUUAUUCACUGCUGGUCCCAUAAUACCUGGUGGUACUCCGACCAGACUGUCCACGGAAGAGACAUCUACAGAAGCGACCUCUACUGAUCAACCAGCUACUAUUAUUCCCAUAAUACCUGGUUAUUCUACUGGGGACUACACGGAGGUGCCUGUAACUUCAGUACAAGAACCAGCUAUUUAUUCUACUUUGACUACUACUACGGAGCUUUCGAGUACUACGAGUGGACUGUUCUCGGUAGACCCUAUAUUUUCAUCAGGAACUACAUCGGUCAUAAAUAGCACCAGUGUUGUUGGUGAGCCGACUAGCCGUACCACUGGAGGACCUCCGUCGGUCUCGACGAGUGCUACUGCUGGUGCUAUGAUGAUUACUGGGCCUGGAGGGGUUUGGACGGUUGUGGGAGGAGCUGUGCUUUUGAUUGCUGGUAUGGCUUUGGAAUUUUAG